AUGCAAUCGGAAAGACUCUUGACAUAUCAAGAGACUGCCAAUGAUGUCGUUGUUUUUCUCAUAAAAUACUACUAUAACAUUGUUAUGGCUAUCAUUUGGGAAUGGAUGCGGCAGAUUUGGAUUCCAACAUCAUCGAUUCGUUUAGCCGAAGCUGAACGACGUGUCCUGUCGAUUAUUAAAUUUCCAUUUGAUCAACAGCAAGUUCCUAUCGGCGAUGGUUUGACGAUCAAUACCAUUCAUACAUACAACGCAGAAGCAAAACGAUCAGAUAGAAAACGAUCACCAUUAGUUCUUCUACAUGGCUUUGGUGCUGGUGUCGGCUUUUGGCUACUUAAUCUUGAUGCAUUGGCGGCACAACAUGAGCAUGUUUAUGCUAUCGACCUACUCGGAUGUGGACGAUCAUCUAGACCACGUUUUGGAGCUAAGACCACUCAAGAAGCUGAACAAUUUUUUAUCGAUGCUCUAGAACGAUGGAGAAUACAAUUCAAUCUCGACAAAAUGAUUUUGCUCGGUCACUCAUUCGGUGCGUAUAUUGGCUCCUGUUAUGCCAUGGCAUUUCCGGCACGUGUGUCACAUCUGAUAUUAGCAUCGCCCGUUGGUGUGCCGAAGGAACCUGUCCAAGUAGAACCACCGAAUCGUCAGCGUACUUCGAUCGGAUGGCGUCUCGUACGCGAUUUCGUCCUAUUCUUAUGGAAUCGUGGUUAUACACCCUUGUCUGUUGUUCGACUCCUUGGUCCAGUCGGUCCACGGCCGGUAACCGCUUACGUAACGCGGCGAUUUCUAAUAGGACCAGCAGUCGAAGAAGAGACGUCACCGGCAACCGCUGAAGCUGGUUUAGAAACGUCAGCAGCACUUGCCGACCAAAUCGAUCGUGGGCGGCUGAAAUUGCCUAAAAGGGACGUUGCUCAAUAUCUUUAUCAUCUAUGCGCACAACCGGGCAGUGGCGAAUUUGCUUUACCUCGCGUUCUCAAGUCGAAUGUCUUUGCUUAUGAUCCGUUAGAAGAUCGAUUGGGCAAUUCCGAAAUUCCACGUGUAACAUUUUUCUACGGCGAUCAUGAUUGGAUGGAUACUGAAGCUGGCCGACGAACGGUCAAAUCAUUAAAUGAACGACAAGAUGCGGCGGAGUCAGCUCGACUUAUCGUGAUUCCUCGUGCCGGUCAUCAAAUGAUGAUAGAUAAUCCCGAUGGAUUUAAUCAGGCUGUUGAACAAGCGUUAGAGGAUCAUCAAGAAUAA